GAAUGUUUUGGAGUUUUAAAAAUCUCUCUCUUACUUCCGGAAACAAAGUGUUCUGAGCGGGAAUUUUCAGAUUUUACAGGGUCAUUUCCUAGUUACAGCCGUUGCUAGGCUCAUUCUUUAUUCUUAAAAAUGGAUGAGUGUUUUGAGAGAGGACCGUUAAGUUUCCUCUGUUGGGAGGAUGCCUUCCCCCAGCAAGCGUGGGAACGGAGAAGAAAAAUGAAUCUCCAGAAAACAGCUGAAUCCAAACCAGCAACCCUGCCUCCUCCGUCUGAGCCGGUGACUAGCAACAUCAGGCGAGCAAGCAACCUGGUUGCACAACAAUCCCCCCAAUUGCCGGAGUUUGGACAAGGUUGCAGUGCUUUCAAAAGAUACAGCCCCUCGCUUAGUACUGUCAGCAGUGAGGGUAGCUACUCAAAUAUCAGUGGAUCCAACACCCUAAGACGGUCACCAAGAAGUGUGACAGGGAAGUCCAGUGAAGGCUCCUUAAAUGGCAGUGCAUCGAGAAUCUACAGCCAGUCUCCAAGGAGCAGCAUUAGUGAAGGUAGCUCUUGCUCCAUAAAUGGUACUCAUGAGGAUCUUAAUGAAAAUACGAAACGAGAGAUCAGUGAUCCUGCUAUAGAGCAGAGCCUAAAUGAAGUCUCCCACUACACACAUGUAGGAGAGUAUGUUUUUCAGAAAUACGAAAAACAACAAAUGUGUGACAUUUCAUUCAAGUUGGGAAAUAAAUUAUAUCCAGCGCAUAAAUUAGUAUUGGCUUCACAGAGCCCACUAUUCGCUGAAGUUUUCGAAAGGGAGCAUUUUUCAAAGGAACAAGUGGCCCCCAAAGUUAUAAAUAUCAGGGGGGUGUCAGAAGAGGCCCUGGUUUCCUUUUUAGCCUACAUUUAUACUGGAAGGCUUGAUUUCAACAUGGGCUGUUGGAGGGAUGUCAUGAAACUUUCUCUCGUUUUUAAAGUCGAGCAAAUCAGGAAAUUAUAUUUGAGGAAAAUAGAACAGAUGAAAUGUGAGGACCAGCUUCAACUGUUGCCAAAUAUGGCACAAUUACAAGCAGUGGAAAUUAGUGACAAGAUUAUCAGGAAUAUAUCGACAAACUUUUUGAAAAUCAAAGAGUGUCCGGCAUUUUUCGACCUGGACGUCGAAACUCUUUGUUUAAUUUUGUCUGAUGAGAAUAUUAUGGUCAGGUCGGAAUUCGAAAUAUUCUCGGCAGCCAUUUCAUGGUUCCAUCACCAUGAUUAUGAAAAAAGAGUCCAGCACUUAGAGACCAUCAUGAGAUGUGUGAGAUUCCCCCUUAUGACCAACAAAGAGCUGUUUCUCUGUUUCAAAAAAUUUCCAAUACUUAGGCAGAACCAGAGUUGCGUCAACAUGAUAACCAUGGCCAAUUGGGCGAGGACCUCACUGGAGCUCAAUGAGGAGGAUCCAUUAGACGUCCCUGUAAACAAAAGAGACGGGGUCUAUAGUCCACAAAGUGUCAGCGAUUACUUAAAAGCCAAAUCCUCCAAUAGCAUUGAAGACGAGGUGGAAGUAGAAGUCACUCCUAUGUCCCAGGAGUUGGCGCAAGACUUCAAUUGUCACGCGGGCUCUCCGUGCAUGCUGCUGGAGCAGAGUCCUAAGGUUGAGCAGUAUAGAACUUCCAAAUCUAUUCUUAUCUGUAAAUUUGUAGGUGAAGCAACAGAACAGAGGAAGGAUUCCAGAAGUGGAAACAAAAGGUCACCCAAGAAGAAGGGUAGAAAAAUCCCUGAGAACUCCCCCAUUUGGCAGCUGCAGUCCAUGAGAUUCUAAAGGCCGCAGUUUUUUUUAAUGUUUGAAUGUUUUUUUUUUUAAAUCUUUGAUAUUUUUAUGUUUUUUCUAAAAUUCUCUUUGGUGUUUUAAUGUUUUUUUUCUUCGGUGUUUAUUUUUUUUUAUCCAAAUUCAAUGUUUUCUGUAAACGGUUAAAUACUUUUAUUGUACAUUGUUGAUAAGUAUAAAUGAAUGUGUGGUAUUAUUAAAAUCAUU